AUGGGUGCAAAAAGUGAAAGACUAGAUCAAUUAACUUCAAAUGGAAUGAUUAAUGAUGAGAAAUUAGUUUGUCAAUAUGUUACAGCACCAACAAACAAGGGUGUGUGGUAUGGAGAUAAUCCCCUCCAUCAAACCACAUCUAUUCUAGCAUUACAAAUUAUUCUUAUGUUCUUUCUUAGUAGAAUUACUCAUUUCUUGUUAAGCCCUUGUCAUCAAACUCUUCUUAUUUCACAAAUUGUGGCUGGUAUCAUGGUAGGUCCAUUAUUUUUAGGAACUACAAGAUAUGAGAUGUUAUUUCCAACAGUAAGCAUAAUGAUACUCUCAACAUUUGCAGAAUUUGGAAUGAUAAUUUAUUUCUUUAGGAUGGGGGUGCAAAUAAAUUACAAACAAAUUGUGAUGAUUGAAAAGCGAGCAGUAAUUAUUGGAAUAUUAGGCCACGUGUCUUCUACAAUAUUUGGCACUAUAGUAUUAAAUCUUGUUGAAAAAUCAUACCCUUUAGGAUCUGAAAAUCAUGGUAUUCAAGGUUUAAUAUAUUUUGCUUCAUUAACCUCAUUUCCAGUUAUAAGCACCUUCCUAAGUGAGAUGAACAUUAUAAAUUCAGAGAUUGGAAGAAUGGCAUUGUCAGCAUCUAUGAUUAGUGAUGGAUGUAUGUGGAUAUUUUAUUUUGUCAUACUCAAUGGAGUUAAAGCCUUGGAGAAAAAAUCAUAUAAAUUUGUUCUACAAUUAAGUUUUACAUUUUGCUAUUUCGCGGUCUUAUUUUAUUUAUUCAGACCAUUAAUUAUAUGGAUCUCAAACCGUCAUCCCAAAGAAAAGGCAAUGAGGGAAAGUCAUUUCGUAGUUAUAAUUUGUAUACUUUUGUUUAUUGGAUUGUCCGCACAAAUUACAGGACAACCUUCUUUUGUUGUCGCGUUUUGGUUCGGUUUAGUUUUGCCUGAUGGUCCUCCUUUAGGUCCUAUUUUGGCUGAGAAGCUUGAUACUAUUGGUUCUACUUUGAUUGUUCCAGCUUAUUGUACUACUAGUGGAUUAAGGACAAGUGUUCCUAAACUAGUAGGAACAAAAUCAGUAUUUGUGGAGGUUGUCUUAAUUUCAGUGUAUGUAGGAAAGUUUGUUGGAACUAUUUUACCAUCACUUUACUUUCACAUUGAAUUAGGGGAUUCUUGUGCUUUGGCUCUAAUCAUGUGUUGCAAAGGCCUCAUGGAUCUCUGUUUGUUCAACAUAUUAUUGAACAAUAAGGCAAUAGGUGAACUUCCAUUCACCCUCAUGAUAUACACAAUGGUGGCCAUAACAGGAUUUGCAACUCUAAUUGUUUAUUACAUAUAUGACCCUUCAAGGAGAUACAAAACAUACAUUAGAAGAUCAAUUAAAGACUACAAAAAAGAUUUUGAUCUCAAAAUACUUGUAUGUAUCCAUGAUGAAGAAAAUGUACAUCCAAUGAUUAACCUUCUACAAGCCACAAAUCCAACUAACACCACACCUCUCUCAAUCUAUGUUCUACAUCUCAUGGAAUUAAAAGGAAGAGCAGCUUCAAUCCUUACCAAAAAUGAGUACUCUAAUAAAUCAUAUAGAUUAAAUUCUUUUAAAGAGACAUCAACUCAACGCAUAAACAAUGUGUUUAAUCAAUUUUUAUUUCAUAAUGAAGGAAGUGUUGCAUUGCAACUUUUUCCAGCAAUUGCACCAUAUUCUAGCAUGCAUGAUGAUAUAUGCUACAUGGCAAUGGAUACAAAAUCAAACAUUACAAUUGUGCCAUUUCAUAAACAAUGGUCAAUGAAUGGAAAUGUUGAACUUACCAAUAGUUCGAUUCGGUCGGUGAACAAAAAAGUACUAAACAAAGCGCCUUGUUCGAUCGGAGUCUUAAUCAAUCGAAGCCAGAUGAGGGGAAAUUUAUCAGUUAUUCACGAGAAGUCUUUUUGUGAAAUUGCUAUGAUUUUCUUAGGUGGAGCCGAUGAUCAAGAGGCAUUAGCUUACGCUAUGCGUAUCGCAGAACAUCCGAACAUACGACUCACGGUGAUUUGGGUACGGUUCAAAUUGCAACAAAAACAAUAUAACAUAAAAAAUCCUUACAUUGAUAUGAUGGAACAUGUAAGGUAUACAAGUAACCUUAAAGACAAGGUAUUUUUUAAGGAGGAAAUUGUAGAAGAUGGGGCAGGAACAACUAGUGUUAUUUGUAGGAUAGAAGGUUAUUUUACCUUAGUUAUAGUUGGUAGACAUCAUAUAGCAGAUUCUCCAUGUGUAAUGGGCUUGACUGAAUGGUGUGAACUUCCUGAGCUUGGGCCUGUUGGGAACCUCUUAGCCACAUCAGAUUUUACUUUUUCUGUUAUAGUUGUGCAACAACAACCAUUUAAUGAUUUUUGGUAUAAAGUUAGGUAA